CGUCGUUAUCAGACGACUUUGCCGAUUCCUCGCCGGUCGGAAGCGCUUUACCGCUAACUCUACAGGAUUGCGGUGACAGAUACUCCGAGAUGCUGGGAUUAAAGAGUAGUGAUGGGAACAAUGUCGUGCGGUUUUUUGAAAGAGGGUUCUUCAUCUCGCAAAUUUCGUGAAAGUGCGCUGUAAUGGCCGCUGUUGAGCCCAAAGAAAUCGAGAAAGAGGUGGGUGAGGAGCCGGAGGUUGUUGUUGGGACCGAUGAGGCGUAUAGCAUCUAUACGAACAAGGAGAAGUGGUUGAUUGUUGCUAUGGUCGCGUUAGCUGGAUUUUACAGCCCUCUACCAGCCAAUAUAUACUUCCCAGCCAUACCAACGAUAGCAAAGGCGUUCCACAAGUCAGUCGAUGAUAUCAACCAGACUGUCACCGUGUACCUUGUGUUCCAGGGUAUAUCGCCUAUGCUCUGGGGUCCAAUCAGCGACAGGUAUGGGCGACGACUAGUGUUCCUUGGGUGCCUCAGCAUCCUCGUCGCUGCGAGUAUUGGACUUGCUCUAUGUCCAACGGAACAUUUCUGGCUUCUUCUCUUCCUCCGAUGCUUCCAAUCUGGAGGAAGUGCCAGCACGAUCGCUCUUGGGGCUGGGGUGAUAGGUGACAUCUCGACGAGCAGAGAAAGAGGAGGGUACUUCGGCAUGUUCAACCUAGGGCCCAUGCUUGCACCAUGUAUCGCACCUGCGAUGGGCGGUGCCCUGUCCCAGGCACUCGGUUGGCGGUCGAUCUUCUGGAGCAUCGUCAUCAUGGUUGCUGCAUGCCUCGUUCUCAUCGCUCUCUUCUUGCCGGAAACGCUUCGCUCUAUCGCAGGAAACGGCAGUAUUCCUGUACCUCGACACUCCCGAGCCAUUAUACGUAUUGUCGGUCGCAAAGCCGCUCAACAGAACGCCGAUACCGAGUCUCGUGCAAAGACGAAGCACUCUGUCAACCCUUUCGUCUUGUUCACCUACCCAGACGUCAUCGUCCUGCUCACCUUCACUGGUAUCGUCUACGCUGUAAACUACACCAUCACAGCCACCAUCUCUUCUGCCUUUGCCAAGAUCUACCCACACCUCUCCGAGACCGUACUUGGACUGUGCUACCUGCCGACCGGCGCUGGUAUGAUCAUCGGCAGCACUGUGACUGGCAAGGUGCUCGACGGGGAGUAUGAUCGCAUCAAGAAGCGCUCUGGCGAGGCCUUCACAAUUGAGUACGCUCGUCUGCGACUCAUGCCUUACUACCUCACCCUUUUUGUCAUGUGUGUCAUCGGCUGGGGCUGGACAAUCCAAGCGAAAGCGCACAUGGCUGCGCCACUGUGUCUUGCGGUGCUGCUAGGGUGGACCAGUAUGGGCAUCCUAAACACGACCAUGACGUUGAAUAUCGAUAUCUUGCAGUCGAGGAGUUCGGGGGCGACGGCGUGCACGAAUCUUGUCCGAUGUUCGCUGGCGGCGAUUCUCGUCUCGGUCAUCGACCGUAUGACGAAUCGUCUCGGUGACGGGUGGACGUAUACGCUUUGGGGUGGGGUUUGCGCAUUGCUGAUGCCGUUGAUGUUCUUGGAGAUCAGGAAGGGGCCGCAGUGGAGGAAGAAGAGAGAGACAAAAGAGGAGAAGUGAGGCUGGUAACGAGACAUGAUUGCAUUUCCAUUUGAGCGCGAGUGCGAGGAGU